GAGCGCACUCGAAAUGCUCCUCAUUCGACGCCCGGUCGCUCUCGGAGAGAGUGAAUCGCGCGCCGCUCGCGGUGUUUUGUUGUGAGUGCCGGCCCGUGUGUCUUUCGACUCUCGACUCGUGCCGAAAAACGGAGAGAAUUCGCUCAGCAGUGUCGGCUUGGCUGCGUGCCGAGUGCCGAAUCGAGUGCCGCGAGUGCUAUUUCAGUGAGUGCGAGUGGAUUACCCUUCGACCACCGGCUCAGGGUGCCUGGUACCUUUUUCAGAAGCAGCAGCAUCGUCAGUGUCGGUGAUCAUCGCGGUGUGUGUGAGAGUGUGCCCGCGUGGAUUAUUUUUUCACACGUCGUUUUCACAUCGGCAGCAGCAGCAAAUUGGAUCGCCACCGUCGCAGCUUCUCCGCCACCCGUCGACUGUAAUUGCGAAUGGGGAAAAUCUGCGGCCAUCACCCUAAUUUGAAGCUCUAAAAUAAUAAGUGUCAAGAGCAUUUGGUGGGGGUUGUGCUGCGUGUAGCAUGUUGGCCCCGACGUGAUCGGCAGUGAACGACCCGAGAAGAUGCCCCCACCGAGUCGAGGAGCCGCUCGGCGGUGGUUGGCCGUGUCCCUGCUGCUGCUGAUGGCGGUGCAGCUGACAGCGAGCAGUGUAGACUGGACGAGCAGGUGCGCCGAGCUCGGUUGCAACUGCCGCUGGGUGCAGGGCAAGAAGGCGGCUGACUGCGAACGCAUCUCGGCCAUCCCAGAACUCAGCUCGGAGAUACAGGUGCUCAACGUCAGCUACAAUGAGAUCACUUACAUCCACAAGAACGCGUUUGAAGAGGUCGGCUUGGUCAAUUUGCACAAACUGUUCAUGCGCGGCUGCAAUAUAACGGUCAUCGACCCCGGCGCAUUCAACGGCCUAGAGAUCGUGAUCGAGAUCGACCUGUCCAACAACCAAAUAUCCAAGCUGGACCACCGCACCUUCCACGAGAACCACAGGCUGCGGCUGUUGUACCUGAGCAACAACCCAAUAGAGCAGCUGGAGGAUGGAUUGUUCCGCAACCACUCGUUCCUGCAGACGGUGGAGCUGGAGAACAACCGCAUCCACACGAUCGGGCCCAAGACGUUCCAGAACACGCCGGCGCUGCAGCGGCUCAAGCUGGAAGGCAACCGGCUGACUUUUCUCAAGCUGAACACCGUGUCGCAGAUGACCAAGCUCAAGAGUCUCGGGCUGGCCAACAACCCGUGGCGGUGCGACUGCAAGAUGCGUCCCUUGCGCGACUGGGUGACGGAACGCAAUCUCAACACGCAGCCGACGCACUGCCUCGAGCCGGAAAGACUGAAGGACAAGCUGUGGAGCGAUAUCGCCAGCAACGAGUUCGCGUGUCCGCCGCGGCUGACGCUGGCGUCGAGCAGCGUGGCCGCCAGCACGGGCGGCAACGUGACGCUGUCCUGCCGCGCCACGGGCGACCCGCAGCCCAGCAUCGACUGGGUGCUCAAUUCGCUGGUGCUGGGCAACGCGUCCCGCGCCGCCCACUCGGGCUACCAGCAGCACUACGCGGUGCAGCGCGGAGAGUCGCGUCACGGCACCGAAAUGUGGGCCAACCUCACCGUCAUCAACGUUCGCACCUACGACAGCGGCAGGUACGCGUGCGUGGCCAGGAACCCCGGCGGCAUGGACGAGGCCUUCAUGCAGCUGGCCGUGUCCGAGUCGGCCGGCGGAUUCAUCGCCGGCGCGUCCACCGGCGACCUCUACGUGUGGUUCGUGUCGCUCAUGGUGGCGGCGCUGGUGCUGCUCGUGUUGGUGCUCCUGCUGUGCUACUGUCUGUGCCGGCGCAAGGCCUCCCGCCAGCGCCACCGCACGCAGAUGCUGAAGAAGCACCCGCACGAGCAGAUCUCGUCCAACGGAGACCUGCUGAGCGGCGAGGACGAGCAGGAGAAGGCGCUCAUCACCAAGAUCAACCCGUUGCAGAAGCCACCGCGCCGAAUCGAGUCGGCGCAGUCGUCCGUUAACGGCAGCCAGACGACCGACCUCAACAGGUCGCACCUGAUCAUCGAGGAUGGCGGCGUCACCGGAAACGGUGGCACCACCGGCACCCUGCGCACGCGCACCUCCGAAGGCGCCGUCUCUUACGACUCGCUGCUGGACGCCGACGAGUUCACCCCCUCCAAGUCGCGCCAGGCGGCGGAAAUGCUGCCGAUGCGGCCAGUGGCCGCCGGCCGCCCUGAUCUGCUGGCCUUCCAGCAGCCCGCCGGGCACGACUCACCGGCCGGCAGCUCCACGUCGACGGCGCCGGACAACUCGCGUCUGCCGUCGCAGCUGCUGCCCCCCGGCGGGCUGAUCCUGCAGCCGCCGCCCCACCUGACGGGCUUCGGUACUUUGCCCUACGCCAGGUCGCAGUCGCCCUUCAGCGUCCACCCGAUGAUGGGCUCUUGCGGCUCGCUGCCGAUCGUGACCAGCCGCCAAGGCUACGUGACCAUCCCGCGGCGUCCGCGGGCUCCCAGCUGGGCGGCACCACCGCGAGUCGGCGACCCCCUACUCCGCAUGGAGCCCAUCUACGACAACCUGGGCCGCAGGACCACCGUCGACGGCAGCUCCAACGCCUCGAUCAACACCAGCGGCGUGGCCACGCCCACCCGUGGCCAGAUGCGACCCCUGCCGGCAACGCCCACCUCCACGCUGCCCAAGUACUACGCGCCGAUCAAGGAAAUCGAGCCUUCGCCGACGCCCGUGCGACGUCCACCACCGGACGGCGAUGACCAGCACGGCGGUGGCGGCGCCGCCGUCUCUCCUGCCUCGGAGGAGGCACCGCUGCUCACGCCUGACACGCCCGUCUCUCCAGCUGAGCCGGCAAGCGUGAAGAAGAAAGUGCCGCCGAAGGUGCCGCCGAAGCCGGCCAAACGCGUGGUGGCCGCCACCAACGAGCCGCUCUUCGAGGACGCCGAGGAGGGCGAGGACGGCACCGAAGUUUAAUUGAGAAAAAUGUGCCUUAUUCAGACUUAUAUAGUGUGGGGGAUCACCGACCGCUCUCAUCGACGAUAGGUUCUCGUUUUUUUUAAGUUUAUUUUAAUUUCUAAAUCCAGACCUAUUUAUUUGAUUAACCCUGUAUCUUUCGUGCCAUGGGGCUUCCAAGUCGAGCAUUUUGAUUGCGCUGCGCACACACGUGGAAUUCCUCACACCGACCUGUUCAUCCUGACUGCCGUUUGUGUUACUUGAAAAGACGCUUUAAAUGCGAAGAGAAUUUAAUGCGAACUUUAAGUGCAGACUGUACUCUUUCCUUGCGAGUGCAUGUAAGUGCCGGUGUCUGACAUUAUCUCGCGCGAGGUAUGUUACAAUUUGAUCCAGUUGUUGAAUGUGAAUACGGCUUUAUAUGCUUGACAGAGCGGAGGAGAGAAAGAGGAUUUAUAAUUACUAUUCAAAAUGAUGAAGAGCAGUGUGAGUCUCAACCCAUCUAAAUAUUAUAUAUAUUAAAAUAUGGAAAUAUAUAUAAAAUUCAUUCGUAAUUUGUACAUAAAUGAAUUAUACCCGCAGAACGCUAUUUUAUUACUAAUAACGAUAAAUUGACGAAAAAUGAUUAUUGUUGUUCCUUUCAAGAUUCAUGAUGACGAUGUUUGCACACUGUAUAAAAACUAACCAUUCAGACCGAAUGUUCCAUUUCCGCGAAAAUAACUCGAAUCAAACUUAUUAUAAUAGCCGUGAAUUUCCGUGCAAACAAAUCUCCGAAAAUAAAAAGAAUCAAUCAAUUAUACUCCGACAAUGGUCCGUGUUGCAUCUCAUUGUAUUGUUAUUCAAAUCAGUUAUCAAAUGUGGAAGCGUGUAAAAUAAACAACACACUCACCGACACACUCAUAAAUAGCAUUUUAAUGACGAUGAAAAAAAAAGAAGAAACUGGAACCACGUUUAAAUUAUAAUAAUAGAGGACAUAAAAUAAAGAAAUGCCGAAAAGUGUUUGUUUCCAGCAGAACCAAUUGAUAAAUGGAAUAUAAAGUUAAAAAAGCAGAUUGUUUCCGUUGACGAAUGGUGAUCCUAAUGAGAAUAAAAAAAUAUACAGUUGCAUAUAUAUUUACGUAAAUCGAUGAAUUGUGUUCCGUCUCGAAAUAAUGUUUUCCGAUUAUCGCGAGCAGGAAGACGAGCGAAUAUUAAGUGUGUCUCCAAUUUGAUUUAAUGGACUCCGAGCGACAGUUUAAAUUGCAAUUGGAUGAAAUCGUACUUACCGAGAAAGAGUUAUUGAUAUCGAUUUGUGAAUUAACUCUCACAUAUAACACAACAGCAAACUGCAGUAGUGAUUCUCAUCGAUAUUUUUUGUAACAAAAGAGAGGACAAAAAUAAAAACGACGAAAAAUUGUGUAUUUGCAAAAA